AGUGAAAAUUGUGUUGGGGUUAGUCGCCACAGACCUCUGGAGUAGUUCCAAUAGCGCCCAUCACGAGCAGAUAGAGCGCGCUGAGCUUUGCCUUCGAAUGCGAAUGAAAAAGCCGACUGAAGAUUAGUUUGAUUAUCUUUUGACAGUUUUUCUAUUUGAUUUUGACCCGCCCAAUUAAUUCAUAAUGGCAGAGGAGUCAGAACAGGUUCCGAACAUCGCAGUUAAAGAGCCCCUCGAUCUCAUUCGCCUGAGCCUCGAUGAAAGGAUUUAUGUGAAGAUGAGGAAUGAAAGAGAACUCCGUGGGAGAUUGCAUGCGUAUGAUCAGCACUUAAACAUGGUCCUGGGAGAUGCUGAAGAAACUGUUACAACUGUAGAAAUUGAUGAAGAAACAUAUGAAGAGGUAUACAAGACAACUAAGCGAAAUAUCGCCAUGCUUUUUGUUCGAGGCGAUGGAGUCAUUUUAGUUUCACCACCUAUGAGAGCUGGAUUUUAGGCCUGUAUUCAAUGGAAUUUCACUGGAGGUUGAUGUCUUUUCUUGAUUACACAAUUUUCCUAAGUUUCUAAGUUUUUUGAUCUCAUCCAUAUCAUUGGGCUUAUUAACAUGCAUUUGAUUUUGUAAAUUUGGUACAAUUUUUUCUUUUGACGAUGUCUUCUGUUGGGUUUUAAGUUUUCUAAUAAUAACUUCCAGCACUCUCAAAAUGUUUAUCUAUUCGGUAAUUUGAUAUAUUAAACUGCAUUUUCUUCUUGAGA